UACUGGUGGGCUAACUACUCGACAUUGGAGCUGCCGCUGAGUAAAGCCGAUAGUUGUGUGUGCGUGUGAGCGCCGUGUGUGUCGAGGCUUCUAGUUGCACCGCGUCAUGCCGGUGAGCCGACAAAAAGCCGAAGACCUGACGGAGAUCGGAGCCUCAGCGCCGCUGAAUGGACACGCUCUGGAUCGCACGUUCCGCCGCUACAAGAGGCACCACCGGCUGUGCGAGAUCAACCGCAAGAAUGGCGCAUCCUACGAGAUCAACCGAGAGAGACAGCGCACUGAGAUGCUGAACAGAAAGUACUUUGACAACCUGCGACAGCAGCAAGCGCUCUCGGGAAGAAUCGACGAGCCCCGGGUCACGAAGGAGCAACAGAACGGGUCCGGUCACGUCGGAACGGAUGCAGCUACGACAACGGCAGGCUUCGAUUCUUCAAAGAUAAAGCUCUCUCCGUCGAAAUCCAUGCCCGAAAACCCGGCGGCAAAGAAAACCGAAGACCCCUUCGGUAGCAAGCCUGCAUCGGCCACUGGUCAUUCCAGUGGGGGGGCCAAUAACUCGCUAAACGGGUUUGACGAGGUUCUCAUCAAGGCAGAGCCGGAGAGCGGUGGGAGCACUCCAGCCUGCGUCCAGUCGCCUCCUCUCUCUGGUAACAGCACCGCCGGGUCGAAAGCCCCUCCCAACUCCCUCCCCUUUCCCUCCUCGUCCUCGGCAAUGUCGUGCUCCAAUGGGAGGUUUGGCCGAAGUUUCUCCACCCCGGACGCCAAGAGGAGGUGUCCAGGAACUAACAAUCGAUCGUCCCCCCUUCUGGAGGAUGAGAACGAUCUAAAACUGAAACCCUACGAUUUUCUCAACAAUGUCAUUAAGACGCCGCCGAUUAAACCCCUUGAAGAAGGGGACGACCCUCCAAUUACUCCAUCGCCGACGAGUAUGGGGCCGUUGCUCCGGCGAUCCUCGUCAAACCCGCCCACCAACAACAGUUGCACAAGCAACCACAGCAACCACAGCAACCACAGCAACCCUCCGUCAACUCCGACGGGAAACGGCAUUUGCAGCGCAAACAACAUAUCGACCUCCUCGUCCUCGUCGCAAAUGGAAGAAGACCUAUACGAGUUCUACCGGGUCAUGGAACAGGUUUGCGAGCAGAAGGGUCGGCUUUCUUCCGCACCUGGUACCAGUGGAAACAUUACAACUGCUACCAUUUCAACCUCGGGGGCAACUUCCACUCAGAUCGACAUGUACAGUGGCAUGUCCCCACCUCCUGGAGUUGUUAACCCUGGAUCUGGUAGUGCCAUAGUGCCGCCGUCUCAGAGGAUUAUUUCUCCGCCACCUUACAAUGCUACGUCGACCGGAGCGCUCCCGCAGACUCUCCCACUCGGUCCAGGACACUACAGAGGAAAUGGACAACAGUUGCAGCGCGCGGUGCUCACUAGUCCCCCAGGACACACUGCAGUUUCUCCUCCAUUUACUGCUGCCGACGCACGUAGCCUGUACAAUAGGUCCCUAGUCGGGCAGCAGCCUCACACUCCUCUCUCCCUCAACUUACAGCAGCAACGUCAGCAAGGACAGGCUUACUCCACUGCCGUCACACACACCUCUCUCCCUUCAUCACAAGUCAACUUGCCCCUGCAGUUUUCCUCCGAUCAUUCCUCGCUUCACACCCAACAAUCGCCUCACCAUCAACCAGGGGGGCAGCAGGCUCAGGUCAUUGUUGGAGGUAAGCCUCUGGAGUCCCAGCAGAGAACGGGUCCUCCUCUCACUCCGCACCAGUCAAUGCAACUCUCGCACCUCAACCAGGGUCUAGUUUCCUGUCCCACUGUAGCCACACCCACUCCACUCACCUCCCACAUGUACUACAACGGUAGUAGUAGUAGCCAGUCCGCACAGCAGAGGACGUACACUUCUGCGCCCCUCUCUCUUACCCCUCACCCACCCGCACCUCCUCAACAGCAGACACAACAAACCCCUCUCACGCCCACGACUCCACUCGAGCACUUCUCCUUCCAGACCUCCCAGAACUCCCGCAUCUCCCCUACUCACUGUCCCACAAACCCACUCUGUCACCCGGGCAGUCUCGGCACUUACACCACGUUUUCUGACGCGUCGCACUACCUCUCGAAUCACGUCCAAACUCCCUGCCUCCCUGCCAGGGGCCAUCAACAGACUAUUCAGAUGCCCCAACAGCACCAAAACUCUGGUGGUCUCACCGUUUCGACCAAUUCCUGGGCCCAACGUCGGUUGCCUGCCCAGCAGCUCCCAAACAUGAUGACACAACACACUGCGAUGAUGAGUCGAAACCAGAUGGGAUCUCUCCCGCGCAUGCAAGUCCCCAGCCAGGCGUCUUCUCUCUCGAUGUCGUCUUACCAGUUGAACCAGAGGAUGAGUCACCUCUCUUCGUUGCAACACCACACCGUACCAGCACCCCCGCCAGCGUACUUGCAGUCCUGCGGGUCAAGUGCUCACCCCAACAACCCAGCUGCCUUCUCUGGCCUACCUUUCCCAUGACAUGUGCAAUAUCUAAUAACUCAUCCACUGCUAACUCUUUUUUCUUUUUUUUUUAGACGUCUAUAAAGCGUGUACAGUUUUACCUGCUUAUAUUCAUCGUUAUCAUACCGGUACAGGUGUCACCACUUUCCGUCACGCAUUUUGUACAGAAUUGUAGAAGUGUGUCAGAUAUUGUUCAUUUUGUACACUAUGUUGCAUUCACCACCAUUCAAGUGCCAUGUAUAUACAUUUUUUAUU